AAGAAAUUGAAGCUCCUUGCUUCUCACGCGGUGGCCUCGCCUUUUCCUGACUUUCCCCAUCCCACCCCUGACGAAGCUGCCGAAGUGCAUGCAUUGCUUGUGUCCACUCACCCGGACAUAGCACCAGAGCAGAAGACACCUUCAGAGUCAAACAACUCUGCGCGCACGUGCGGCAGCGUGCCGAACGUGCUCGAGUCGCUCAUCGGGACCAUACUCAGCCAGAACACCACAGGACGCAACUCCACGGCGGCGAAGCGCAGCCUCGACGACAAGUUUGGCCGCAACAACUUCGCGGCGAUGGCGCAAGCGCCGAAACAAGAAGUCGUGGACGCCAUCAGGAUGGGCGGACUGGCCAACAAGAAGGCGGGCGUCAUCCAGAAUAUCCUGCAGGAGGUGCAUGCGCGCCACGGGUCGUACUCGCUUCAACACCUCGCCGGACCCAUCACUGAUGAAGCUGCGGGCAAGGGCAAACUGAUAAUAGCGAAGGCCUUCUCCGACGAGGAAGCCAUGAAGGAGCUGGUGUCGUACGGCGGCGUGGGCCCGAAGACGGCGUCGUGUGUCCUGCUCUUCUGUCUCGGGCGGGCAUCCUUCCCCGUGGACACGCACGUCUUCCGCCUGUCCAAGCUGCUGGGAUGGGUGCCGAGCAGAGCGGACAGGGUGACCGCCCAGGCACAUCUUGAUCUCACUGUUCCAGACGAACUGAAGUACGGGCUGCAUGUCUUGAUGGUCGGACACGGCCGGCGCUGUAAGGGCUGCAAGGGAGGCGGCGGCGGGAAGGGUGAGUGCGUGCUGAAGCAGUGGCUGAGGGCGAGAAAA